UGUGUGUGUCUGUAGUGAUGGCAGGGUUGGAGCUGACUCUCAGAGAGGAGUGAGAACUUGUCGGGGAUGGCGGACAAACCUCUGACUCUGUUCGUGAAGCUGUUCGCCGCCGGGUUUUACGGGAUCAGCUCGUUUUUCAUCGUCGUGGUGAACAAAAGUGUCCUGACCAACUACAGGUUCCCUUCUUCAAUAUGUGUCGGAAUUGGACAAAUGUUGGCCACAGUGGUCGUGCUGUGGGUGGGCAAGGCUGCGAGGGUGAUCAGCUUCCCAGACUGUGAUGAGAGCAUACCUCGCAAGACUUUCCCUCUACCUCUCCUUUAUGUGGGAAAUCAAAUCACUGGUCUGUUAGGAACCAAAAGGUUAAAUCUGCCGAUGUUUACUGUCCUCAGGAGGUUCUCCAUCUUAUUCACAAUGCUGGCUGAGGGAUUGCUGCUCAAGAAGAAGUUCUCCAGGUCAGUCCAGCUGACAGUAUUUACAAUGAUCCUCGGGGCGUUUAUAGCCGCAAGUGCUGACUUGUCCUUUGACCUGCAAGGCUACGUGUUCAUCCUCCUGAACGACGUGCUGACUGCAGCCAAUGGAGCCUAUGUGAAACAAAAAUUAGAUGCAAAGGAGCUGGGGAAAUAUGGAUUGCUGUAUUAUAAUGCAUUAUUUAUGAUAAUUCCCACGCUUCUGCUGGCUCAUGUGACUGGAGAUAUGCAGAAGGCAGUGGAGUACGAUGGAUGGUCAGAUAUAUAUUUCCUCGUCCAGUUCAUCCUCUCUUGCAUCAUGGGGUUUGUCCUGAUGUAUUCCACUGUGCUGUGUACACAAUACAACUCUGCUUUAACAACUACCAUCGUGGGCUGCAUCAAGAAUGUCCUGGUGACGUACAUCGGCAUGGUGAUCAGUGGAGACUACAUCUUCUCCUGGACCAACUUCAUAGGGUUGAAUAUCAGUAUUGCGGGCAGCCUGAUUUACUCCUACAUCACCCUCACAGAGGAGCAGUCCAACAAAGUGAGUGAAAGCACCAAGCUGGACAUCAAGGGCAAGGUGGUUGUAUGACAGAGACACUGGAUUUUAUUAUUUUUAUGCUGAAAAGAGAAAAAAACUAUUUUUAGUAAAGACUUUUUUAUUUAUGGAGCGUUUUGAGCGGCAGAGGCGUGGGAUGCUGGGCGCGGUCACCGUGUCUCUCCUGCUGGUUAUUAACCCUCCAGAGGGAUUAUGGGUUGUUGUUUUUUAUGGUGUUUUCUUUUUAAACAUUUGUAUUUUGAUACUGUACACGUGAGGAGGAGAAGAAGAAGGGAAACAUGGAACCAAUAUUUAUGUUACAACAUUUUCGAACAAAGUUAAAUGAGAUAUUUAAGCCUGAGUCAAAUAAUGGUCAUUUUGAAGGCACAAUCCUUGUUUUUUAACGCUUUUUUCUGUUUUUUAUGGUGGCCCUGAAAGCUCACGGCGCUGCAACUGAAGAAAACACAUGCAAAUACACAAAACUGAGAAAACAUCUUCAUCGAUUUGACAACACAAGAACAGCAUUUAGAAAACGCUGCAAAGACCACAACAGACAGUGUUUCCAGAGGACACUUAAAAGUAAUGCACACGUCUGGACACGCUUGAUAUUGUCACGUUAUUUUAAGAUAAUGGUAAUUUGAUGAAAUCAAAUUCAUCAAAUUGAUGAAGAUGUUUUCUCAGUUUGCUUGUGUUUUGUGUAUUUGCACGUUUUCUUCAGUUGCAGUGCUGUGAGCUCUCAGGGACACCGUAGAUUUUACUGUUUACAGGGAAUGUAACUUUAGAUGCCUUUAAGCACAGUGAGAUGCACUGACACUGUCACUAUCUGCUGUUUCACUCUUUAGUACAUUUCUUUUUAUUCAUGUCAGUGAUCGAGGAUUGUGGCUUUAAAUUAAUGUUGCUGCCACCUUUUUUUUGGGAAAUCAUUUAAUAUCAUGGUUUACAUUUUGCUCGCUCAGUAUUACGGGAUGUUUGUCUGGUUCUCUAUGCAGGAUUAACAUGUUUUUAUUUGUAAAAAGAGGAUCCACACAUUCUCUUUUUUCGCACUUUUACCUGAGGUCGGCCUGAAUGACAUCACUUCCUGUUACUCAUUGCUGGUGACUGAGAUUAUUGUAUUCUUCUGAAAUGUAAGUUUCAGGUUUUCUAAGUAUUACAAGAAGAGAAACGUGUUUUUUUAAAACCUUUAAUAGUCAGGUACGAGUGUUGAGGUUGUUUUUUUUUUAUCUACGUCUUUUUAUAUUUAUUACAUUUUUUAGACUAAUGUUGGUUUUGUAGGUGGAGUGGUUGUGAACUGAGCUCAUGUCGAACAGUAACCCUGGAUUUGUAGCUGAAACACAAUUAUGUAUUUUUACAUUAAAAGAAACUGACGUGAA